UGUGUGUCGAGUAGGCGCUUUUAAAAAGUCGCGCUCACGUUUUCUCGUGCCAAAGAAAUUUUGUGGUGUGCAAGUGAGGUUUGAUUUUUUUUCAUUAAUAAAAGGAAAAGGCCGAGAGCAGCAUCGAGCGAUGACGUCACGCGUGUUUCGCGCCCACGGCGAGUUUUGUGCGACGCAUCCAUGGGAGGUGAUCGUCGCGACGUUGACCUUGACGGCUUGCAUGUUCACGAUGGACCAGCAGCACGCGACGCAGCAGCCGAAACCAGUUUCGUCGCGCUACUGCGCAGGAUGCAUAAACGAGGCUGAAUACAAUGCCGCCGAUGUUAUUGUCAUGACAUUAAUACGAUGUUUAGCAGUACUAUACAGCUACUAUCAGUUUCGUAAUCUACAUAAAUUAGGAUCAAAAUAUAUUCUAGGUAUCGCCGGUCUUUUCACGGUAUUCUCGAGCUUCGUGUUCACAACGACAGUGCUGAAUAUCUUGCGCAUCGACGUGACGGAGCUAAAAGACGCCAUGUUUUUCUUUCUGCUACUAAUCGACCUAUCCAAGGCGGCCGUUUUGGCGCAGUUCGCGCUCAAUGCAUCCAAUCAGGAGGAAGUGCGCAUCAACAUCGCCAGAGGCAUGGCCUUGCUAGGCCCCACCAUCACUUUGGACACCAUAGUCGAGACUUUGGUUAUUGGGGUUGGAACCUUGUCAGGUGUUCAUCGUUUGGAGAUGCUAUCCUGCUUUGCCUGCUUGUCAGUGCUGGUGAAUUACAUCGUAUUCAUGACGUUUUAUCCCGCCUGUUUGUCAUUGAUUUUGGAGUUGUCACGCACAACGAAUUUAUAUGACAAGAAGAGCUGUUCAUUCAUAAGCGUGUUCAAAGAAGAGGACAAAUCGAACCCGGUGGUGCAAAGAGUCAAACUAAUUAUGUCAGCCGGUCUGAUGCUCGUCCAUGCGCACAGCCGUUGGCCGUUCAAGGAAGUCGACGUCGACAACAUCGCGCCUCUGGUCGACCAGCACAUGCCGCAAAACCGCACCGACGACGCCGCACUUCACGGAUACAUCAUGAAGUGGGUCACUUUGAGCGCUGACCACAUCGUCAUACUGAUCUUGCUGCUGGCCUUGGUGGUGAAGUUCAUCUUCUUCGAGAACAAGGAAGAACUGGUGGAACAGCUGAGGGCUUCGAUAUCGGAGAACAACUCUGAGGUUCAAAUGAAAAAGCAACGGAAAUUCCAUUCAAGCAUGCAGUUAUUGAAGCCCACCAGCACUUUCUUCCUGAGUAAAAGUCAGCUGAACAACUCCACCGAGGAUAUCGCUUUCGAGGACAAAGAGGUGCAAACGCAUUCGCGUUGCGAGUCGGAUGUGGAAAGUUCGUCUCCGGAAGACGAUACGGCGCUAAGGGCCUGCCGAAGUUUGGACGAAUGCAAGAGUAUCUACGAUUCCGAUAGCGGCGCCUCCGAAUUGACCGACGAAGAGAUUAUCAUGCUCGUGAGGAGCAAGCACAUCGCUAAUUAUCAGAUCGAAAAGGCCAUCGAGGAUCCCGAAAGGGGGGUCGGUAUAAGGCGGAAAAUUCUGGCCAGCGACGGCAAUUUCCUGCGCGCCAUGUCCGAUUUGCCCUACAAAAACUACGACUACAAAAAGGUGAUGGGGGCUUGCUGCGAAAACGUGAUAGGCUACAUGCCCGUUCCGGUUGGAUUCGCAGGCCCGUUGAAUCUCGACGACAAGAAGCUGUUCGUGCCGAUGGCCACCACCGAGGGCUGUUUGGUGGCCAGCACCAACCGAGGAUGCAGCGCUCUGCUGGCCGGCGGCAUAACCAGCCGAAUAGUCGGCGACGGCAUGACCAGAGGCCCUGCGGUGCGAUUUCCAUGCCUGGCGAGAGCGAGUGCGGCGAAAAAGUGGAUGGAGGCGCCCGACAAUUUCGCCCUGAUGAAGCAAAAGUUCGACGGUACUAGCAGAUUCGCGCGUCUCACUAGGGUGCUGGUCAAAAUAGCCGGCAGACAUUUGUACAUCAGAUUCGAGGCGACCACCGGCGACGCGAUGGGCAUGAACAUGCUCUCGAAAGGCACGGAAAUGUCGUUGAAGUUCAUCAAGAAGGAUUAUUUCCCGGACAUGGAGAUUUUGAGCUUGAGCGGCAACUUCUGCACCGACAAGAAAGCCGCAGCCGUUAACUGGAUUGAAGGAAGGGGUAAAUCGGUGGUGUGCGAGGCGGUGAUCCCGGCCAAAACGGUGACGUCGGUGUUGAAAACGUCGGUGCACGCUUUAGUCGACGUGAACAAUUCGAAAAACAUGAUCGGCUCGGCGAUAGCCGGCAGCAUCGGCGGCUUCAACGCGCACGCCGCCAACCUGGUGACCGCGAUUUACAUAGCCACCGGGCAAGACCCGGCGCAGAACGUCGGCAGCAGCAACUGCAUGACGUUGAUGGAGCCGUGGGGCGAGACCGGCGACGAUCUCUACAUCACUUGCACGAUGCCGUCGAUCGAGAUCGGCACGGUGGGCGGCGGCACGGUGCUGCCGGCGCAGGCCGCCUGCUUGGAGAUGCUCGGCGUGAAGGGCGCGCAUCCCGACACGCCCGGCGAGAACGCCAAUCAGCUGGCGCGCAUCGUUUGCGGCACCGUUUUGGCCGGCGAGCUGUCGCUGAUGGCGGCCCUCACGGCCGGUCACCUCGUCAAAAGUCACUUGAGGCACAACAGAUCCACCACCACUAUACCUGCGAAUAUCGGCGCCCUGCUGCCUCCCUCGCAAGCAAAUUAACAACCAGUGAUUUAUUCUUAGUUUGUAGGUUUUAUUUAACGAAAACAGGGUGUACCGACAUUUACGGCCCAAAGUUGCACGAGUUAUUUAACUUUUAAGGCACUGCAAUUUAGAGAUUCGACUUGAAAAAAAACGGUCCGCUUUUUUUAUUUUUUUCCAAAUCUUUUUUUUUCAUAUUUUAGUUUUUUUUUCAAUAUUAGUCCCAUUUGCCUAAUUUUUUAUGUUUCCAUGGACUAAAAUUAGUAAAUAUAAAUACAGUGAUUUGGUCCUAAAAAAAGUAACUACAGUUUUCUUGAUUUUUUAAAUUCAACCAGAGUAUGGAAUUUAUUUUUUUCAAAAAAACAAUAGCAAAUUCUUGUAGAACAUUUAUUCAGUUUUAUUACGGUAUUCGUUAGGAUUGAGCGUUGCACGUUUUUCAUAUAAAAAUCUCAAAACUAUAAACUUUAAAUUGCUUUUUUUACGGCUCCAAUACGACCAUUUUUAACAAAGAUACAGCUAUCCGAAAAAUCGCAAACAAAUUUUUUUAUCCUUUAAUUUUUUGUAUUAGUGUAGAAGUUUUACAUUGCUAUUGGUUUCUAAUGUGAAAACUACCAAAUAAUAAGAAAUCAGAUUUUUAGUCUUGGUCAAAAUUUUCAAUAAUGAAAAAUGUAAUAUAUUCUACAUUUCACUUUAUUAUUAAUAUACAUUUUACUCAAAAUUUCAUUUUGAAAAAAAACAAAAAAAAACCGUUUUUUUACAUCUCUAGAAGAAUGGUAAAGGAAAAUUCGUCUUGGAAUCUUUGGGGCGCCAAUUUUGGGACAACCUGUGUCAAUAUUAAAUUUGAAAAAUUAUAAUUAUGCUUAAUAUUUUUUCUUGCGUUGUGCCAGGUGUGUAAAACAUAUUAUCUAGUGAAUGUACAUACACUCAGGUUCAGCUAAUUUUUAUUGUUAUUGUUUUUUAUUUGUACAUAUAUAAAUGUUAUUAUUUGAUCUGUGAUGAUCAACCCUUUUAAACCAUUCAAAAAGUAUCAUGCUGAUUGUUAAAUUUUCUCUAUAAUUUUGAAUAUACGCAAACUGUGAUGGCCAAUUAGCUUCUUCCAAAUGUUGAAAUUUAACUGUACAUUUUCCGUUUUAUAGAGAAAGAAAACAUAAAAUAAAU